AAAUUAUAAUGCUACAAAGAAAGAUUUUAGUACCUUUAAGAAGAAAAUAAUAAUCAGAAACCUAGCCAGAAGAUGAUUUUUAUUUUGAAAAUAACUUUGAAACUGUAGAGGUCGAAGAAAUAACAUCUAUGUUAGCUAAAAGACUGAAAUUUGAAAAUUAAGAUGAAGGAGCCAAUGAAUCACUUAAGUUGAAAAAAUGUUGUUAUAGUGAUGAUAAAUUUAUAAAUUGCAAACCAGGAUUAGAAAUACUAACUCAGCAGUAGUAGAUUUCAUUUAUACCUAAUGAUAAGAACUGUAUGAAAUAGGUUAAUUAACACAAAAUUGGAGAGAAGAGAACCAUUUAAAUUAAGAAUAUAACUGAAUUUAAACAUAUGAGAACAGGCGAAAUCAACUAUCUUGAAUUUAUUGAAUUUUCAGAUGUUUAAAAAACAUUAAAAUGCAAAAAGAAAAAGGGGACUAGUGAAAUAACAAAGAAGAUUCAUAAAUUUUGAAUAAUUUAAUUGAACAUAGUCAUCG